AUAGUGCGCCCGUAUCAAUGCGCCGAAGGGAAAGCACAGCAGCUGUGUGUGCAACGCUCGGUUACGCGUCUGACACCGCUGUGUGUUUGUGAGACUAGUUUACUCCUCCUUUAACAACCAUGAAGUUUCAAUACAAAGAAGAGCACCCUUUUGAGAAGAGGCGAUCGGAGGGAGAGAAAAUCAGGAAGAAAUAUCCAGACAGGGUUCCUGUAAUUGUGGAAAAAGCUCCUAAAGCCAGAAUAGGUGACCUAGACAAGAAGAAAUACCUGGUCCCCUCCGACCUGACGGUGGGCCAGUUUUACUUUCUCAUCCGAAAGCGAAUCCACCUGAGAGCCGAGGACGCUCUCUUCUUCUUCGUAAACAACGUCAUUCCCCCGACCUCCGCCACCAUGGGCCAGCUGUACCAGGAACAUCACGAAGAAGAUUUCUUCCUUUACAUCGCCUACAGUGACGAGAGUGUGUAUGGAGAAUAGAGCCAAAGGGAAACGAGUCGACCCUCAUCCUCCUCCUCUUUCUUCCUUUUAAAACAAUCUAUAGACGUCAUGCUGGCAGCCUAGAGCUCUCAGAACUGAAGUAUCAGAUGCACUUUUUUUGCUUUCGAUUUAUCAUAUCUCCUUUUGUGUUUUUAUCCUUUGGUCUGACAUUUUUCGAUGUUCUUACAAAGCUGUAAUACUAUGAAAAUGCCACUGAUACUGUUACGAUUCGAGUUGAUUUCCACUUAUAUGCAGUUGUGUAUCCAUUAAUAAUAUGCAGACCGUUCCUAGUCAAGCUCAUUUCAAAUAUUUCUGACCAUAAAUGAACGUUUGCUCUUCAAGAUGGUUUCUAGCUAGCAUGUGCAGUCCAGCAUUUGCCGGUCAGUCAGUGGAGAAAUGGACUAAAGUGUAUUCUGUUAUCAGCUAAGUCUAAUAUGCUGUUGUUACAUUGGUUUGCUUUUAUUAUUGCACCUAAAUUAAUGUAGAUGGGUAGAUUUAUUUUCAGUUGUAUAUCUGAAGUUCUAGUUUUAUUUGCAGUUGUGUUUUGUUUUUUUUAAUUCUGGUAUUCAGUUGUAUUUCUGGUACCCCUGAAAAUGACCGUAUAAACCAAAUGCACACCAA